AUGCUCAUAUCGAGUUUGAUUCUCGGUGCCUUACCUCUCUUGGUAGUGGGCCAACGUUCCCCGACUCUUGGAUUAUCGAGUGGUUAUCUAAACCUCAAUAUCGGAUCGAGCGCCGGCGUGCAGCUGGUCAAAGAUUCCCAAGUACUUGCAUCAUUCAAGCCUAGUUCAGCUGCGGCGUUUGAUUUCGCGCCCUUCGAUAAACUCUCCCAGAGGCAAUAUAACGGCGCUCCGGGUUCGACAGGUCGGCGCCUCGACAUGGUGUCGGGUGAUUCUGCAGCCGCACGCAAAGCGGUCACUGCACUACCAGUAUCGGGAAGUGUCCUAGCCUCAGCUGACCUGACCCCCACGCUCCCGACGUCGGUCACAUCGUUGCUUACUAUUACCCGUUCCUGGGUACGCUCAUCAACCGGGGUUCUUGGACUUCGCUUCACCUUGCGAAACAAGGCAAGCACGGCAGUUGAAGUUGGAUCGCUCGAAUUUCCGAUUGCGUUCAACUCGAUUUUCACCGACCGAACUGCAACCGAUACCAAUACUAAAUGCUCGCUCAUCGACCCCUAUAUCGGAGCAGAUGCCGGGUUCGUCCGCGUGACUCCUCUCUCCGGAACUGGUCCAGUGCUUCUCAUCACACCAUCGGGAUCAAGUAAGUCUGGCCUCGAGGCGUGGCGCUUUCUCACCGAACCUGGUGACUCGACUGGCAAUGCGCCUUAUUAUCAAAGCCAGACAUUCGAAGGAUAUUACUCAUGGCAAGUUCACUCAAAAGCCUACGCCGAGGCUGAAUGGAAGAACGUACCGGGCGGACCGUGGAACGCACCUUCUAGCAUAACUAUUGAGCCAGGUGCUACCAAGGAAUAUGCGCUCGAUUUUUUGGUCGCGGACGGCGUUCGCACUAUCGAUGACCGGUUAUCGCAAGCUGGUCGCCCGGUAGCCUACGGUAUCCCAGGCUACAUCAUUCCAUUGGACACACCAGCGAAACUGUUCUUGAAGCAUACUGCUGUCGUUCAGAGUUUGUCAGUUUCUCCUGCCGGUGCACUGACGUGGACUACCAACUCGGAAGGAAAGAAUGGUUGGACAGGGUACACAAUUACUCCGAAGUCCUGGGGACGGUCUCGCCUUACUAUCCAGUUUGCAGACGGCCUUAUACAGACAGUCCAUUAUCAUGUCACGCAUAGCGCUGUGCAAACAGUGUCCGAACUCGGAGACUUCUUGACGACUAAGCAAUGGUACGAGGAUUCGUCAGAUCCAUUUGGGCGCUCUCCUUCAAUUAUUACCUAUGAUCGCGAAGUCAACACACCCGUUCUUCAAGACGCUCGGGUCUGGAUUGCUGGUUUAAGCGAUGAGGGCGGCGUUGGCGGAUGGUUGGCCGCAGCAAUGAAGAACGCUUUCUUACCUACUCCUGCUGAAGUUGCGAAGCUCGAGCGAUUCGUCAGCGAAACGGUAUGGGGCGAUUUACAGUAUUCGAGCGGGUCAAAUAUCUACGGCGUAAAGAAGAGCGUGUUUUUCUACGAACCUGCUAAGGUUCCUAAUUAUGGGUAUAGCACAUCGAUUGGUUGGGGCAAUUGGUGGUCGUGGAAUAAAGCUAAUUCAGAUGCACUUGACCGCGCAUAUGACUAUGUUCAUGUCACUGCAUUGUACUGGUCACUCUACCGUGCUACCAGAAACUACCCGUCACUCGCCACUAAGAAGACCUGGCAGUACUAUAUCUCGCAGGCGCUAAAUACCGUCUUAUUUGCUACCAAUGGUCGUGUCGGAUAUGCAGACGUAGGGUUGAUGGGAGAGACUGUAUUUUGGUAUCUUUUGGAUGACCUGAAGCGCGAAGGUCUGGCAGCCAAUGCGACGCUACUCGAAUCUAGGAUGAAGUCAAGAGCGGAUCGGUGGAGUCGCGAACCAUAUCCGUUCGGUAGCGAGAUGGCUUGGGACUCUACUGGGCAAGAGGGUGUUUACGCCUGGGCACGAUACUUUAACUACGGUACAACUGCUGCCAACACAGUGAAUUCCAUUUUAGGGUUUAUGCCUACGGUACCUCACUGGGGAUGGAACGGCAAUGCCAGAAGGUACUGGGAUAUGAUCUACGGCGCCAAACUUCAAAGGAUUGAAAGACAGAUCCAUCACUACGGAAGUGGUCUAAACGCUCUUCCGCUCAUUGCAGAAUUCAUAUCUCGCCCAACGGACUUGUAUCUCCUACAAGUUGGAUUUGCUGGUCUGAGUGGGCCACUCUCGAACAUUGACCAGGAAGGCUUUGCAUCGGCGGCGUUCCACUCUUACCCCGAUACCCUGAAAUGGGACGCAUACAGCGGUGAUUACGGCCCAAAUUUCCUUGGGCACGCUCUUAACACAGGCACAUUCCUCGUGAACCACCUAAACUUUGGGUGGCAAGCAUUCGGUGGAAUAGUCACUAGCGCGACCAGCACAUCCGUUUCAGUCAGCCCGCGCGAUACCCUCCGGAGACGCGUAUAUGUUGCCCCGCUAGGCGCUCUAUUUACCCUUGAUGCAGGAGCCUUCGAUACAAUCCAAUAUACGAUUUCCGACAAGAGCGUUACGUUGAACAUUAUCCCGUCGGCAGGAGGCUCGAGCGCGAGUGCUGCGAACGGUCGGCUAUUGGUGUCACAACCUGCCGCGGUUUCAGGUAUAGGAACGUUAACACCCAGCGGGAGCUACUCCCAGGAUGCUGGAGCUUAUGUUAUUCACUUCUCGAAUGGAAGGGCCAGUGUCACUCCAUCUCAUUUUCUACUCACACACAACAACAACUCUAGCAUGUUCAUCUCUCGUAUUGCGCAGGCCGCACUUGUCCUUCUCGGAGCCCUUCCUACCUACGGCGCCACUAUCGAAUCUUCAUCACAAACAAAGCGAGCAACAAUAUGCAACGGAUACAGUGAGCUUUGCAGUAGAACGUUUGGCAACGUAACCUACAUCGGCACUCACAACUCCUACUCUGUUGGGUCCAACAAUUUGGCCGCGAACCAGGACUACGAUGUAACGCAACAACUGACCGACGGCAUCCGAAUGCUUCAGGUACAAGCCCACCUUCAGAACGGCGCCAUCCGACUAUGCCACACCUCAUGUCUACUGAUGGACGGAGGCUUGUUUACCGAGUAUCUCAAAAAGGUCAAGACAUGGCUAGACAGUAACCCGAACGAGGUUAUAUCCAUUCUCAUUGUCAACAUCGACAACCAACCGGCCUCGUCGUUUGCUGCGAUCUAUGAAGCUGCGUCCAUGGUCGACAUUUCUUAUGCACCAUCCACGCCCACUGUUGCAGCCGAUCAAUGGCCCACGCUAGGCACACUGAUCGACUCCGGAAAACGUGUGCUCACCUUUAUGGACAAUAGCGCAGAUUCUACCGCAGUGCCCUAUAUCAUUGAUGAAUUUUCGAAUAUCUGGGAGACAGCAUACAACGUUGUAGACAACGCUUUCCCAUGCACCUUGAACCGUACCGACGGGACGGCCGAAGGCAAAAUGGGCCUAUCUAAUCACUUCUUGGACAAAUACGCGAGUGUCUUGGGCAUCCAGUCGCUGGUCCCCGACAAGGAUGCUCUCAACCAGACGAACGCUGUCAGCGGAGUAGGCUCUCUGGGUCAAGAAGUGCAAACUUGCCUAGCACUAAACGGAAAACAUCAGACAUUCUUCCUGGUCGACUACUAUAACUACGGCGAAGGUUCGGUUUUCCAGGUGGCAGCCACCACAAAUGGUGUUACCUAUGAUGCUAGCAAAACCAUUGCUCCUCCCAUUACCAACGGCGGCUCCAACUCUUCCUCAAGCUCGAGCCCGCGAACCAGUGCAAAUGCUGCGCCUGGUAUGCAAUUGGUGAACGUAAGUUGGAUGGCUUGGGCUGGUUCGUUCCUUGCGAUUGGAGUAACUCUCGGCGGUAUUGUUAUUUUCUAA